GCUGGGUUCAUUUCUCCUUCCUCUCCAAACGACAGCAGCUGUGAGUCUCUGCGUCUCUCCAUGAAGUGAAAACACGGAUUGACGGAAAAUCUCAUCACUGGUGGGGAAAGACUUAAACACAGGAAGUGGUUCAAAGUGUUUCCUGUUGGUGUUUCUGUAGCUGAACCACUUCUGAGCCUCAGGUGGUUGUGGACCAGCUGAACCCCCAUAAGGGUUUGGACUCCCUGUCCCACCUCCAAUAGAAGUAAGGUUUGUCGUGUGACUGAUGUGGAUUCAGCAGAAUGGAUCAGUGUGAGGAAAAGAGAGGAGGGAGCCCCUCCCCCAAAGACCACCGACAGGAUGCCCCCAAGACCUGGAACUGGACCGGACAUGCCCCCCAAAGCUCAGAGACCUGGACCAGGACCAGGACCAGGACCAGGACCUGGACAAGGACCCAGCUGUAUGUCCAUGAAGAGUACUGACUCCAUGGACUGGUUAAUUUACUUCCAACAGGAUGGUUCAUCAGAGUCAGUGAUCCAUCAGAGACCACAGUCCUCUGGACCUGAUCCUGGACCCAGUUGUGUGUCCUUCAGGAGUGACCGGUCCAUGUAUUUACCACCAGACUUUUCCACAGAGACAGUGGAGCAGCAGAGCUCAGAGGUUCCCACUGGUCUACAGGAUCAGACUCAGCUGGACUCCAUAUUUCAGCUGCUGGAGGAGAACAUCUGCACUUUUGUCAAGAACGAACUGAAGAAGUUCCAGCAGGUUCUGAGUCCAGAUUACCCAGAAACCUUUAUGAGUCUGAGUGAUGAGGAUGAAGAGCAGAGGAGGAGCUCAGAGGCUUUUCUGAAGAUCACACUGAACUUCCUGAGGAGGCUGAAGCAGGAGGAGCUGGCUGAGCGUCUGCACCGCAGAAGUCGGUCUGGAGAGAACAUCUGCACUUUUGUGAAGAACGAACUGAAGAAGUUCCACCACGUUCUGAGUACAGAUUACCCAGAAACCUUAGAGAGUCUGAGUGAUGAGGACGAAGAGCAGAGGAGGAGCUCAGAGGCUUUUCUGAAGAUCACAGUGAACUUCCUGAGGAGGCUGAAGAUGGAGAAGCUGGCUGAGCGUCUGCACCGCAGAAGUCAGUCUGGAGUUCAGCAGCGGAAACUGAAACGUAACCUGCAGCAGAAGUUUGAGUGUGUGUUUGAGGGCAUCGCUAAAGCAGGAAACCCCAAAACCCUCCUGAACCAGAUCUACACAGAGCUCUACAUCACAGAGGGAGGGGCUACAGAGGUCAACCAGGACCAUGAGGUCAGACUGAUUGAAACAGCAUCUAGGAACCCACACAGACCACCAACAACCAUCACAUGUGAAGACAUCUUUAAAACACCCUCUGACAGAGAUCAACCAAUCAGAACAGUGCUGACAAAGGGCGUGGCUGGCAUCGGGAAAACAGUGUCCACACAGAAGUUCAGUCUGGACUGGGCUGAAGACAAAGCCAACCAGGACAUCCACUUCAUAUUUCCAUUCACCUUCAGAGAGCUGAAUGUGCUGAAACAGAAGAAGUUCAGCUUGGUGGAACUGGUUCAGCACUUCUUCACUGAAACCACAGAAGCAGGAAUCUGGAUCUUUGAAGACCACCAGGUGGUGUUCAUCUUAGACGGUCUGGAUGAGUGUCGACCUCCUCUGGACUUCAACAACACUCAGAUCCUGACUGAUGUGACAGAGUCCAGCUCAGUGGAUGUGCUGCUGAUGAACCUCAUCAGGGGGAACCUGCUUCCCUCUGCUCGCCUCUGGAUAACCACACGACCUGCAGCAGCCAAUCAGAUCCCUGCUCAGUGGGUGGACAUGGUGACAGAGGUCAGAGGGUUCAAGGACCCACAGAAGGAGGAGUAUUUCAGGAAGAGGUUCACAGAUGAAGAACAGACCAACACAAUCAUCUCCCACAUCCAGAGGUCCCGAAGCGUCCACAUCAUGUGUCACAUCCCAGUCUUCUGCUGGAUCACUGCUACAGUUCUGGAGGACGUGUUGAAGACCACAGACAGAAGACAACUGCCCAAGACCCUGACUGAGAUGUACAUCCACUUCCUGGUGGUUCAGGCCAAACUGAAGAAUGUCAAGUAUGAUGAAAGAUCUGAGACAGAUCCACACUGGAGUCAGACCAGGAAGAUGAUUGAGUCUCUGGGAAAACUGGCCUUUGAGCAGCUGAAGAAAGGAAACCUGAUCUUCUACGAAUCCGACCUGACAGAGUGUGGCAUCGAUAUCAGCUCAGCCUCAGUGUACUCAGGAGUGUUCACAGAGGUCUUCAAAGAGGAGAGAGGACUGUACCAGGACCAGAAGUUCUGCUUCAUCCAUCUGAGUGUCCAGGAGUUUCUGGCUGCUCUUCAUGUCCAUCAGACCUUCACCAACACUGGAGUCAAUCUGCUUUCAGAACAACAAACGUGUGUUUGGUCUAAACUAUCAAAGGUCAAACCUGUCCGGUUGUACCAGACCGCUGUGGACGAGGCCUUACAGAGUCCAAAUGGACACCUGGACCUGUUCCUGCGCUUCCUCCUGGGUCUAUCACUGCAGACCAAUCAGAGUCUCCUACACGGUCUGGUGAAACCAACAGGAAGCAGCUCAAAGACCAACCAGAAAACUGUAGAGUACAUCAAGAAGAAGAUCAGUGAGAAUGUGUCUGCAGAGAGAAGCAUCAACCUGUUCCACUGUCUGAAUGAACUGGAGGAUGGAUCUCUGGUGGAUCAGAUCCAACAGUACCUGAGAUCAGGACGUCUGUCCACAGAACAACUGUCUCCUGCUCAGUGGUCAGCUCUGGCCUUCAUCUUACUGUCAUCAGAAAAAGACCUGGAUGUGUUUGACCUGAAGGAAUACUGUGGUUCAGAGGAGGUUCUUCUGAGGCUGCUGCCAGUGGUCAAAGCCUCCAACAAAGCUCUACUCAGUGGCUGUAACCUGUCAGACAGAAGCUGUGAAGCUCUGUCCUCAGUUCUCAGAUCCCAGUCCUGUAGUCUGACACAUCUGGAUCUAAGCAACAAUGACAUGAAGGAUUCAGGAGUGAAGAUCCUGUCAGAUGGACUGAAGAGUCCAGGAUGCAGACUGGACACUCUCAGACUCAGUGGCUGUAACCUGUCAGACAGAAGCUGUGAAGCUCUGUCUUCAGUUCUCAGAUCCCACUCCUGUAGUCUGACACAUCUGGAUCUAAGCAACAAUGACCUGAAGGAUUCAGGAGUGAAGAUCCUGUCAGAUGGACUGAAGAGUCCAGGAUGCAGACUGGACACUCUCAGGUUGGAUCUUGCUGGAGUUCGAUGGUUGAAACCAGGUCCGAGGAAGUAUUUCUGUGAACUCACCCUGGAUCCAAACACAGCGAACAGAGAACUGAAACUGUCUGAAAACAACAAGAAGGUGAAACGAGUGGAGGAGGUUCAGUCAUAUCCUGAUCAUCAGGAAAGAUUUGAGUACUGGAAACAGGUGAUGUGUUCAACUGGUCUGACUGGUCGCUGUUACUGGGAGGUCCAGUGGAGUGGAGGGGUUGAAAUAUCAGUGACUUACAGAGGAAUCAGAAGGAAAGGAUACAGUGAAGACUGUAGGUUUGGAAGAAAUGAUCAGUCCUGGAGUCUGGAGUGUUAUGGAGGUAAAUACAGGGUCUGGCAUAACAACAAACGCACAUACCUCCCUCAGUCCUUCUCCUCCUCCUCCUCCUCCUCCUCCUCCUUCUCUGGUACAGUCUCAGUGUAUGUGGACUGUCUUGCUGGAUCUGUGUCCUUCUACAGAGUCUCCUCUGACAAACUGAUCCACCUGCACACCUUCAAAACCACAUUCACUGAACCACUGUUUGGAGGAUUUAGACUGUGGCCUGUAUCCACAGUGUGUUUGUGUGAUGUGUAGUUGUGUUGUGUAGUUGUGUAGUGUCCAUAAAAUGGUUGUGUUCAAAUCAGUGUCAUUUGAACACAGUUGUGUGUGAGUUGAUGCUCUACAAAUACACAAACAUUUAGAAACACCAAGAACAUAAAUCAGCCUCAGUUCUUCAACAGUUGUCUUGUUUCCUUGGAUGCUUUCUAUGUUUAUAAAAUUAGAAAUGAAUCCAACCAGUAGUUUGACAGAAGAAUUGCUCAUGAAGACGACGCCUCCACAAUAACUCAUCUGUGUGCAUUUUUUCCACAGUGAGAGGAUUAGGACUGUAGACUGAAAAUGACAAUUCCAGUAAAGGAA